GCGAAAGCGGAGCGUAAUUGUAGUCCUCCCAUUCCUCUGGUCCGCGGCGGCGCGCAUUUUCGUCUCUUAAAAACUCCCAUCACCUCUCCUUCUUCUCGCUCUCACUCUCUGCAACUCCAAAAUUUGUAAGAGUUGAAGGGUACCCUUUAGUUUUGAGCUGUAAUUUGUAAGGUUUUCGCUUUCGGAAAUGGAGGGUACCCUCUAAUUUUGUAAUGCAAGAGGGCAUUGAAAUUGAACAGUAUAUCAUCAUGGAGGCAGAGCCUUCCGGUGAAUGCGGAGGUAAGGUAGUGGACUCGAAUGUGGCAUUGGAAGGCGAAAGCUAUGGACAUUGUGUCGUAGAGGAUGUCGAAGCUCCGGUGGUGUUGGAUGAUGGCAAAGAGGGUGAUGUGGAGAUUGACUUGUCACGGUUAGUAGGAGGUGGGAUUAUAGAGCCCACAUUGGGUAUGGAGUUUACCUCCGAAGACGAUGCUAGGAAUUUUUACAAUGCGUAUGCUAAACAAACGGGGUUUAGCAUUCGCGUGAACUCAUAUUACCGCUCGAAGAAGGAUAAUUCGAUUAUAUCUAGGGAGUUUUGUUGUUCUAAAGAAGGGUUCCGCCGGGAGAAAAAUGCAAAGAGAGAUUCGGGCGAGGAUGUGAAGAGAAGGCGUGCUAGGGCAAUCACUAGGGAAGGUUGCAAGGCUCUGAUGACUGUUAGGAAGCGCGAAAAUGGGAGAUGGUAUGUGGUGAAGCUAGAGAAGGACCAUAAUCAUGAGCUGGUCACUCCUGCUAUGCGGCAUUUUCUUAGGUCGCAUAAGCAGGGUUUUGAUCCUGACAAAAGUUGUAGCAACUCUUUCAGUUCUCCGGGAUUGUCUUUGGAUUCUUCCGCAGAUGUCUUGGCUGAUUCUGGCAGUUUUGGAAAGAUGGCAUUUGCUGUGCAGAGUGAUGCCAAUUAUAUUGGAAGAGGCCGGUUGAGCACUUUUGGCAUCGAUGCCCAAAGUUUGCUUGGGUUUUUUAAGGUUAUGCAAGCGAGUGAUCCAGCAUUUUAUUAUGCAAUACAGGUUGACGAAGAAGAGAGGCUGAGUAGCGUCUUUUGGGUUGACACAAGAUCAAGAAUCGCUUACAACUGUUUCUCCGAUGUUGUAGCCUUUGAUACUACUUAUCAAGUGAACCAGUACAAAAUGCCAUUUGCGCCAUUCACUGGAGUAAAUCAUCACAAACAUUCAGUUCUGUUCGGUUGUGCAUUGCUUGCAGAUGAGUCUGAAUCUACCUUCAUUUGGCUCUUCACAACUUGGCUUGAGGCAAUGUCUGGACGGCAGCCAGGUCUAAUUAUAACCGAUUAUGACCCAACUAUAAGUCGAGCAGUGCAACAAGUUUUUCCUCAAUCAAUUCAUCGAUUUUGCAAGUGGCAUAUCAUAAGCAAAAUGCCGAAGGAAAUGGGAAAUGUAUAUAGUGUAACCCCAAGGACUUUUCAAGUUGAAUUUGAUAGAUGCAUUAACAAGAGCGAGACACCUGAUGAGUUUGAAUCAGCUUGGCAGAUGCUUCUUGAUAAGUACAGUCUUAGAGAGAGUGAUUGGCUUCAAUCGCUUUAUAUUGAUCGCAAAUUGUGGGUUCCGGUAUACAUAAGAGACACAUUCUUUGCCGGGCUGUAUGCUGCCCAGCGGAGUGGGAGUGUGAACUCACUUUUUGAUGGCUAUGUGAAUGCUGGAACUACCUUACAAGAUUUUGCAGCGCAAUAUGAGAAGGCUUUAGAUGAGAGAUAUGAGAAAGAAGCAAAGGCGGAGUUCGAAACUUUUUAUACUAAACCGGUUCUAAAAACACCACUUCCUGUGGAAAAGCAAGGAGCAGACAUCUACACAAGAAACAUGUUCACCAUAUUUCAGGAUGAAAUUUUUGAAUCCCUUCUGUUUGCUGUGAAAUUAAGUGCAGAGGACGAAGGAACAAGAACUUAUGAGGUAGCAAGAUUCAACGAAGAACAUAAAAUUUAUUUCGUAGCUUUUAACAUAGGUGAACAACUAGCUAGUUGCAGUUGCAAGAUGUUUGAAUUUGAAGGGAUCCUCUGCAGACAUGUGCUUGCAGUGUUUAAAGCCACAAAUGUCUUUACCCUCCCACCGUGUUAUAUCUUAAAGAGAUGGACCCGAAAUGCGAAGGAAGAGGCUAUGUUGGAUGUCCUUCCGUGUGUCGAAUUACAGGGAAAUUCUCAAAAGGGCAGGAACUUGCAAUACAAUCUUCUGUACCAGGAAGCCAUUAAAUGUGCAGAGGAAGGGAUGGCAUCUGACCAAAUCUUUAAGGUGGCACUCAACGCAUUAAGAGAGGCUAGGGUAAAAAUUGUCAGUGCCAAGCAAAACGCCAUGAAAUCCAUGCCUCAAAACUAGAAACUAGGGCUAGGACAAGCUAUCAAGGGAGAUGACGCCGCAAUUGCUAGACAGGUAGGCUGAUAGUUCCCGUCGACCACCAGAAAGGACUCUUCUGAAGAAAAUAACUUCAACAAAUACUUGUCAGGCCAGUGAUUAAGGAUUCAGAUAAAAAAAAAAUGCAGAUGACAACAAAAACUAAACGUUUGCCAACGCAGCAAGUAGAUGGAGGAUAUGAGACUGACAUUCAUUCAAGUUCGAGGUUUUUCUUUCUUUUGUCUGUUCGUUGAAUAUAAAUUCAUGUUAAAAAAAUUCCAAGCAUUACGUUUAGAGAUGCAGCUUAAGAUUUGAAGUA